AUGGAUUUUCUUAUUUUUCUUUUGCUUUUUGUUGGAACUACAGAGACACAGGUCGAUGUUUCCAGUGUUGUUCCUGGUACCAGGUAUGACAUAACCAUUUCUUCAAUUUCUGCUACAACGCACAGCUCACCUGUUGGUAGAACAGUGACAACAAAUGUAACAAAACCAGGGCCUCCCGUCUUCCUCGCAGGAGAAAGAGUUGGAUCUGCUGGGAUUCUUCUUUCUUGGAAUACCCCACCAAAUCCAAAUGGAAGGAUCCUAUCUUAUAUUGUUAAAUACAAGGAAGUGUGCCCCUGGAUGCAAACAGCGUACACACAAGUGAGGACCAAGCCAGACAGUCUGGAAGUUCUUCUGACUAAUCUUCAUCCUGGGACAACAUAUGAAAUCAAGGUUGCUGCUGAAAACAGUGCUGGCAUAGGAGUGUUUAGUGACCCAUUUCUCUUCCAAACUGCUGAAAGUGCUCCUGGAAAAGUUGUGAAUCUCACAGUGGAGGCCUUCAACUACUCAGCAGUAAGGUUGAUUUGGUAUUUACCUCGUCAACCAAAUGGCAAAAUUACCAGCUUCAAGAUCAGUGUGAAACAUGCCAGAAGUGGGAUAGUGGUGAAAGAUGUUUCGAUCAGAGUCGAGGACCUUUUGACAGGAAGAUUGCCAGAAUGCAACGAAAAUAGCGAAUCUUUUUUGUGGAGUACAACCAGUCCUCCUCCAACCCUCAGCAGAGUUACGCUGCCACCACGCACCACCUAUUCGUCGAGCACUCUGGCAGGGAGGAAGAUCAGCUCCGUGUGGAAGGAGCCUAUAAGUUUUGUGGUGACACACUUGAGACCUUAUACAACAUAUCUUUUUGAAGUGUCCGCUGUUACAACUGAAGCCGGUUAUAUUGACAGCACCAUUGUCAGAACACCAGAAUCAGUGCCUGAGGGACCACCACAAAACUGCGUAACUGGAAACAUCACAGGAAAAUCCUUUUCAAUUUCCUGGGAACCACCAACUAUUGUAACAGGGAAAUUCAGUUACAGAGUUGAAUUAUAUGGACCAUCAGGCCGCAUUUUGGAUAACAGUACAAAAGACCUGAAGUUUGCCUUCACUAAUCUAACUCCAUUCACCAUGUAUGAUGUUUAUGUUGCUGCUGAAACCAGUGCAGGACUUGGACCCAAGUCCAAUCUUUCCGUAUUCACUCCUCCAGAUGUUCCAGGUGCAAUUUUUGAUUUACAGCUUGCAGAGGUAGAAGCCACACAAAUAAGCAUUACUUGGAAGAAACCCCGUCAACCGAAUGGAAUUAUUAACCAAUAUCGAGUGAAAGUGCUGGUUUCAGAGACUGGUGUAAUUUUGGAAAACACUUUGCUCACAGGAAAAGAUGAGUAUAUAAAUGAUCUCAUGGUGCCAGAUAUGGGGAACAUAGCAGAGCCAGUGGCAGGAUUCUAUGAAGGUUCAGCUGAGAUAUCAUCUGAUCUGUACUCAAUUGCUUCAUUCAUAUACAAUGAUCAUUUGCAUAACGACAUUCCUGCAAGCAAUAGAGCUGGAGAAGAGAAUUCACCAGUUGUGGUGACCACAAGGAAUCAGUAUAUCACUGACAUUUCUGCUGAACAGCUGUCUUACAUUAUCAGGAGGCUUGCACCUUUCACUGAAUACAUGAUUACUGUAUCUGCUUUCACCAUCAUGGGAGAAGGACCACCAACGGUUCUCAGUGUUAGGACACAUGAGCAAGUGCCAAGCUCCAUUCAAACUAUAAGCUAUAAAAAUAUUAGUUCUUCAUCUAUUUUGUUGUAUUGGGAUCCUCCAGAAUAUCCCAAUGGAAAAAUAACUCAUUAUACAAUUUAUGCCAUGGAACUGGAUACAAACCGAGCAUUCCAGAUGACAACUGUAGAUAACAGUUUUCUCAUAACAGGAUUAAAAAAGUAUACAAAAUACAAAAUGAGAGUAGCUGCAUCAACACAGGUUGGAGAAAGUUCUUUGUCUGAAGAAAACGAUGUAUUCAUCAGAACUCCAGAAGAUGAGCCAGAAUCGUCUCCUCGAGAUGUUGAGGUAGUUGAUGUAACUGCAACUGAAAUAAGGCUGAAGUGGUCACCCCCAGAAAAACCCAAUGGGAUUAUUAUUGCAUAUGAAGUGCUUUAUGGAAAUAUGGAUACUUUGUUUAUGAAGAACACCUCAACAACAAACAUAAUUUUAAGAGACUUAAAGCCUUACACCCUCUACAAUGUCUCUGUGAGGUCAUAUACUAGGCUUGGUCAUGGCCAUCAGCUGUCUUCAUCCCUCUCUGUAAGGACUGCUGAGACUGUGCCUGAUAGUGCACCAGAAAACAUUACUUACAAAAAUAUUUCUUCUGGAGAGAUUGAGCUAUCAUUUCUUCCUCCGAGUAGUCCCAAUGGGAUCAUAGAAAAGUACACGAUUUAUCUGAAAAGAAACAACGGAAAUGAGGAAAGGACUAUAAAUGCGACUUCUUUGACCCAAAUCAUUACAGGGCUGAAGAAAUAUACCCAAUAUAUGAUUGAGGUGUCUGCUAGUACACUUAAAGGUGAAGGAGUUCGGAGUGCACCAAUAAGUAUACUCACUGAGGAAGAUGCUCCUGAUUCUCCGCCACAAGACUUCUCUGUAAAACAGUUGUCUGGUGUCACAGUGAAAUUGUCAUGGCAACCACCCCUGGAGCCAAAUGGAAUUAUUCUCUAUUACACAGUUUAUGUCUGGGACAGAUCAUCUUUAAAAACUGUUAAUGUGACUGAAACAUCAUUGGAGUUUUCAGAUUUGGACUACAAUGUUGACUAUAGUGCCUAUGUAACAGCCAGCACCAGGUUUGGUGAUGGGAAAGCAAGAAGCACUAUUAUUAACUUUCGAACACCUGAGGGAGAACCAAGUGAUCCUCCCAAAGAUGUUCAUUACAUGAAUCUCAGUUCUUCGUCAAUAAUCCUGUUUUGGACUCCUCCUUCCAAACCUAAUGGCAUCAUCCAAUAUUAUACUGUGUAUUAUAGAAAUACCUCGGGUACUUUUAUGCAGAAUUUUACACUCCAAGAAGUAAGCAAUGACUUUGACAAUAUGACCUUAUCUGCUGUAAUAGAUAAACUGGCAAUAUUCAGCUACUAUACGUUCUGGCUAACAGCAAGUACUUCUGUUGGAAAUGGGAAUAAAAGCAGUGACCUAGUUCAAGUAUACACAGAUCAAGACAUACCUGAAGGACUUGUUGGAAACCUGACAUACAAGUCUGUAUCAUCAACUGCAAUAAAUGUAAGCUGGGUCCCACCAUCUCAGCCAAACGGUCUAGUCUUCUACUAUGUGUCACUGAAUUUACAGCAGACUCCUCACCAUGAGACACCGCCUCUAAUUACGUAUGAGAGAAGCAUGUAUUUUGAUAAUCUGGAAAAAUACACUGAUUAUAUAUUAAAAAUCACUCCGUCAACAGAAAAGGGAUUUUCUGAUAUCUAUACUGCCCAGCUACACAUCAAAACUGAAGAAGAUGUCCCAGAAACCUCACCAAUAAUCAACACCUUCAAAAACCUUUCCUCCACCUCAGUUCUCCUAUCAUGGGAUCCCCCAGUAAAGCCAAAUGGUGAAAUUAUAAGUUACUAUUUAACUUUACAAGGACCAAAUGAAAAUUUUUCUUCUAUUACUUCUGAUAACUAUGUAAUCUUGGAAGAACUUUCACCAUUUACAUUAUAUAGGUUUUUUGCUGCUGCAAGAACAAUAAAAGGACUUGGUCCUCACAGUACUCUUUUCUUUUACACAGAUGAGUCAGUGCCUUUAGCACCUCCUCAAAAUUUGACUGUGAUCAACUACACUUCAGACUUUGUGUGGCUCGAAUGGAGCCCAAGUCCUCUUCCAGGCGGUGUUAUUAAAGUAUAUAGCUUUAAAAUUCAUGAUCAUGAAACCGACACUAUAUUUUAUAAGAAUAUUUCAGGUUUGCAAACAGAAGCCAAACUUGUUGGACUGGAACCAGUGAGCACCUACUCUAUCAGCGUUGCUGCCUUUACCAAAGUUGGAAAUGCCAAUCUGUUUAGUAAUGUAGUGAAAUUCACAACCCAAGAAUCAGUUCCAGAUGUAGUGCGGAACGUACAGUGUAUGGCGACUAGCUGGCAGUCCGUUUCAGUGAAAUGGGAACCGCCACAAAAGGCAAAUGGAAUAAUUACACAUUAUGUGAUCACAGCAGAAAGGAAUUCUACAAAAGUUUCUCCCCUAGAUCACAUGUAUACUUUUAUAAAACUUCUUGCCAGUACCUCCUACAUCUUCAAAGUAAGAGCUUCAACGUCAGCUGGCGAGGGUGAUGAAAGCUCGUGCAAGGUUACUACUCCACCAGAAGCAGUUCCCAGUGUUCCCACAAAUAUUACAUUUUCUAAUGUUCAGUCAACCAGUGCAACAUUAACAUGGAUAAGGCCUGACACUAUCCUUGGAUAUUUUCAAAAUUACAAGAUUACCACUCAACUUCGUGCUCAAAAAUGUGAGGACUGGGAAUCUGAAGAAUGUGUUGAAUAUCAAAAAAUUCAAUACCUCUACGAAGCUAACCUAACUGAAGAUACAGUAUAUGGAUUAAAAAAAUUUAGAUGGUACAGAUUCCAAGUGGCUGCCAGCACCAAUGCUGGCUAUGGAAAUGCUUCCAAUUGGAUUUCCACACAAACCCUGCCUGGCCCUCCAGAUGGUCCUCCUGAAAAUGUGCAUGUAGUAGCAACUUCACCUUUUAGUAUCAAUAUCAGUUGGAGUGAACCUGCUGUCAUUACUGGACCAACCUUCUAUUUAAUUGAUGUCAAAUCGGUAGAUAAUGAUGAUUUUAACAUUUCCUUCAUGAAGUCGAAUGAAGAAAAUAAAACCAUAGAAAUUAAAGAUUUAAAGAUAUUUACGAGGUACUCGGUGAUGAUCACUGCAUUCACUGGAAAUAUCAGUGCUGCCUACGGAGAAGGGAAGUCCAGUGCUGCAGUAAUCGUUACUACUUUAGAAUCAGCCCCCAAGGAUCCACCUAAUAAUAUGACAUUUCAGAAGAUUCCUGAUGAAGUGACAAAAUUUCAGUUAACAUUCCUUCCUCCUUCUCAACCUAAUGGAAACAUCCAAGUUUAUCAAGCUCUGGUAUACCGAGAAGAUGAUCCUACGGCUGUUCGGAUUCACAAUCUCAGUAUUAUUGAAAAAACUGAAACAUCUGUCAUUGCAAUGCUAGAAGGACUAAAAGGCGGACACACAUACAAUAUCAGUGUGUAUGCUAUUAAUAGUGCUGGUGCAGGGCCAAAGGUUCAAAUGAGAAUAACCAUGGACAUCAAAGCUCCAGCUAGACCAAAAACAAAGCCAAUUCCUAUUUAUGAUGCCACAGGAAGACUGCUUGUUACUUCAACAACAAUUACAAUCAGAAUGCCAAUAUGUUACUACAAUGAUGAUCAUGGACCAAUCAGAAACGUGCAAGUUCUUGUGACAGAAACAGGAGCUCAGCAUGAUGGAAAUGUAACAAAAUGGUAUGAUGCCUACUUUAAUAAAGCAAGGCCAUAUUUUACAAAUGAAGGCUUUCCUAACCCUCCUUGUACGGAAGCAAAGGCUAAGUUCAUUGGCAAUGAGGAAAUCUAUGUCAUAGGUGCUGAUAAUGCAUGCAUGAUUCCUGGGAAUGAAGACAAAAUUUGCAAUGGACCUUUGAAACCAAAAAAGCAGUACUUAUUUAAAUUUAGAGCCACAAAUGUCAUGGGACAAUUUACUGAUUCGGAUUAUUCUGACCCUGUUAAGACUUUAGGCGAAGGGCUUUCAGAAAGAACUGUAGAGAUCAUUCUUUCAGUCACACUGUGCAUCCUGUCAGUCAUACUGCUUGGAACAGCUAUUUUUGCCUUUGCAAGAAUUCGACAGAAGCAGAAAGAAGGCGGUGCCUACUCUCCUCGCGACGCAGAAAUCAUUGACACUCAGUUCAAGCUGGAUCAGCUCAUCACGGUGGCUGACCUGGAACUGAAGGAUGAGAGAUUCACGCGGUUACUUAGUUAUAGAAAAUCCAUCAAGCCAAUAAACAAGAAAUCCUUCCUGCAACAUGUUGAAGAACUGUGCACAAACAACAACCUAAAGUUUCAAGAAGAAUUUUCGGAAUUACCCAAAUUUCUUCAGGAUCUCUCUUCAACUGAUGCUGAUCUACCUUGGAAUCGAGCCAAAAACCGCUUUCCAAACAUAAAACCAUAUAACAACAACAGGGUAAAACUGAUAGCUGAUGCCAGUAUUCCUGGAUCAGAUUAUAUUAAUGCCAGUUAUGUUUCUGGAUACUUGUGUCCGAAUGAAUUUAUUGCUACGCAAGGUCCGUUACCAGGAACAGUUGGAGACUUUUGGAGAAUGGUAUGGGAAACCAGAGCAAAAACAUUAGUAAUGCUAACACAGUGCUUUGAAAAGGGACGGAUCAGAUGCCAUCAGUAUUGGCCAGAGGACAACAAACCAGUCACUGUCUUUGGAGAUAUAGUGAUUACAAAGCUUGUGGAAGAUGUGCAAGUAGAUUGGACCAUCAGGGAUCUGAAAAUUGAAAGGCAUGGAGAUUGCAUGACUGUUCAACAGUGUAACUUUACUGGCUGGCCUGAGCAUGGGGUCCCUGAAAACAGUGCCCCUCUAAUUCACUUUGUGAAGUUGGUUCGUGCAAGCAGAACACAUGAUGCCACACCUAUGAUUGUUCAUUGCAGCGCAGGAGUUGGAAGAACUGGAGUUUUUAUUGCUCUGGACCACUUAACACAACAUAUAAAUGACCAUGAUUUUGUGGAUAUAUAUGGACUAGUAGCUGAACUGAGAAGUGAAAGAAUGUGCAUGGUGCAGAACCUGGCACAGUACAUCUUUUUACACCAGUGCAUUCUGGAUCUCUUAUCACAUAAAGGAAGUAGUCAGCCCAUCUGUUUUGUUAACUAUUCAGCGCUUCAGAAGAUGGACUCUCUGGAUGCCAUGGAAGGUGACGUUGAGCUUGAAUGGGAAGAAACCACAAUGUAAAUGUUCAGAGUAAAGAAUACAACUGGAAGAUAUUUUCAAAUCCCAGGGGCCAAAAUUACCCCUUCACUCUAAAGGAUUGAAAUGUGCAACCUUAAACAAAGCACUUCCCUUACUGUGCCUUCCUACACGGAUAGAACACCUCAAGAAGAGUUCCAGGAACAACUACUUCAGGAGAGUUGACUGUCCAGAUGAAAUAUUGGGCAUUUGCAAUGUGUAACAAAAGAUGCCCCAGAGAUGUUUAAAGUCCUCUAUGUUUCUAGAACAUGCCACAUAUAAGAUUACAAUCAUAUUAGCAUUAGUAUUUCAGUGUGAUUUUGCCCUACACAUCAGACAUCAUUUUGAACACAAGCUGUAAAUGUUGAUUCAGUAGUAGUAUUUUGGCCUCCAGGGUGUUGACAUUUCUUGUGGAUAAUUUCCAGGACUGACAUGAUGAUCUGUACUUCCAUGUAUGCCCCUGUGUUUUGAAUCUUCUGUUUUAUGAGUGCUGAGAUAUCAUCUCCUGAUCCCCAACAGCUGAACAGUAACCCCCUGACACUGCAAAGAUUACUUAGCCUUUCCACAACACACAGUAGCUCUUCAGGGACACUUAGGACUAUUGAUGUUGCUUUGUGGUCUCCAGUUGGAAAAAAAAAAAUGAAAAGAGGAAUUAAAAGUGCAAAUUGCACAUUUGAAGUUAUGGAGUACCUUUCUAGCCUGCCUACAUUUGUAUCUUUCCAGUUAAAAAAUGUACCUCUUUAUUUUGUAUUCAAAUACAUAUUUAAAUGUCAGAGUUUUACCUAUUAGAUGUAUAUUCCAAAAACUAGCAUUUUUGCAGGGUUUCUUAAGCAGAAAUAUAUAUCUCCAUAUAUAUAUACAGAGAAAGAGUAGUGUGUUAUAAACUAAUGAUUGUCCUGCUGUGGUGCCAACAGACUUCUGAAUGCAUUACAUUAAAUGAUCUUUAAUCUUUCAAGAGUGAUUAUUAAGAAAUGUAUUUGGUGGAACUAUAAACAAAGACAAUGACUAAGUUAUAAAAGUCAGAGAUUUUUCUUUUCUUAA